UGUCCAGCAGAGACUGUUGAACACAGCGAGAGGGGAAGAGUGAGACAACCAUCCGGAGAGGAGAGAAAAAGAAAAAGCGAGCGAUAAAUCAGCACUAUGGCGCUGCGGGACGAACUUUUAAAGUCUAUCUGGUACGCGUUCACUGCUUUGGAUGUGGACAAAAGCGGGAAAGUGUCCAAAUCCCAGCUGAAGGUUCUGUCCCACAACUUAUGUACUGUCAUGAAGAUUCCACAUGAUCCGGUUGCGCUGGAGGAGCACUUUAAGGAUGAUGACGAGGGCCCCGUCUCCAACCAGGGAUACAUGCCGUACCUGAACAAGUUCAUCCUGGAUAAGGUGACAGAUAACUUUGACCUUCAGGACUUCAACAAAAUGUGCUGGACUUUGAGCUCCAGGAAGAACCUGGAACGAAGCCAGCUGCUCAUCUCCAACGACGACGCCUUUAAGAUCUGGUGCAUCUUCAACUUCCUGUCUGAGGACAGAUACCCGCUGAUCAUCGUCACUGAGGAGAUCGAGUACUUCUUGCGGAAGCUGACGGAGGCGAUGGGGGGCAGCUGGGUGGAGGAGCGUUUCGAAGACUACAAGCUGAAGCUGAGCUCAAACCAGCAGUGUCUGAAUGCCUGGGAGCUCAUCAGCCUGGUGGGAUCGGGUCACUUCAGUAAGGGCAUGGACCGCCAGACGCUCUCCAUGGCCAUCAGCGAGGUCUACCAGGAGCUCAUCUUGGAUGUGCUCAAACAGGGCUACAUGAUGAAGAAGGGUCACAAGAGGAAGAACUGGACGGAGCGCUGGUUCAUGCUGAAGCCCAGCUGCAUCUCCUACUAUGUUGGUGAGGACCUGGCUGAAAAGAAAGGAGACAUCCUGUUGGAUGGAAACUGCGGUGUGGAGCCUUUACAAGACAAAGAUGGAAAGAAGUGUCUCUUCCUCAUCAGAUCAUCACAAAAAAGCUUUGAAAUCAGUGCGUCAGACAAGAAGAAGAAGCAGGAGUGGAUCCAAGCCGUUCAGACCUGUGUGAAUCUACUGCGUCAGGGUCGACCAGCGCCGCACCGUGAGGCCCGACAGAAGCGUCGGGACCUGCGACUGAAACAGCAGGCUGAACAGGAGGAGCUGGAGCUGAGGAUGAGGGAGCUGCAGACUGCCAACGAGGCCAAACAGCUCGAACUAGAGAACAUGAGGAAGGCUCUGGAGGAGGCAGCAGCUAAUGCAGCGGAAGAAGAAAAAAGACGCCUUCAGACCCAAACUGAACUUCAAGACCGCUACAGGAUGGAUCUGGAGAGAGAAAAAAUGGUACGACAGCAGAUGGAGGAGCAGGUGGCCCAGAAGUCCACUGAGCUGGAGCAGUACCUGCAGAGGGUCCGUGAGCUGGAGGACAUGUAUCAUCAACUGGAGGAUGCUCUGGAGGACGAGAGGCACGCCAGACAGGACGAGGAAGCUGUCCGUAAGCUGCAGGCACGGUUACUGGAAGAGGAGGCCAUGAAGAGGGCAGAGUUGGAGCAGAUCCACCUGCGGCAGCAGCUGGCCAUCUCAGAAACAGAGGCUGAGAAACAGGAGCUGGAGAGGGAACGUCUGGCCAAGGAGAGCGCACUGCAGGCUGCGAUGCAACAGCUGGAACAGCUGGAGCAGGAGAGGCAAGGGGCGCUGGAGCAAUACCAGACGGUGAUGAAGAAGCUGGAAGAUGCAACCAACAACACCAAGACAUGGAAGCACAAAGUGGCUCAACAUGAGGGGUUGUUACGGCUCAUUCAACCAGGUUCUAAAGGACAGCAGAGGAUCACAAACUGGGGCCCAGCAGCCUUUUCUGAUGCAGAGCUCAGUCUGAGAGAGAAGCAAUGGCAGGAGAUGAAGAACCAGGCUGCCCAGGCUCCAUAGAGCUACCCCAAGCCCUCAGCCUUCAACAUGUCUCUCAUUCAAAACAAGGCAAGAGGGGGAUGCCGGAAUACAUGGUCUGUGAUGAAGCAUAUUCUAAGUAGUGUCUGGAAGGAAACCUGCUAACUGGAGUUUUUAGUGAAAUCCAAACGUGAGAUUUACCAGAAUAAAAAGGCAUUUUAUUUUUAUGGGCAUUAAGUAAUCACUGACCUUUAUUCCAUCUAUGAGUCAUUAGUGGUGGCAAGUUGGAAUCAGCACUGAUAGAACUGGUAAAAUUUCAAGCCACUUUUAUUGUUGUCCACCAUAGAUGGCCAUGGAGGAAGAUUUUCACAUUUUGUAGAUUAAGUUUACCAGUUCUAGCAGGGAUCCAACGGUACUGCUAAAUGAGGAAGUGGUAGCACUAGGAAAAAUGCUGGAACAGUAACAUCUUUGUUAUGUUUCUAAUACCCCUUAUUGAUUAAUGCGCUUGGUCUUGUACAACAAAGCACCUUAAAAUGAGUUGUAAAGUGAGCAGCAGAGCUCACUUGGUGAAGUUGAAUCAAACAUAUUGAUCUUUAAUCCGAACCACCACAGAUCCAGUAUAUAUGAGCUACAGCAUUGAGCCUCUAGGCAAGUAGAUCAAUUAAGAAAGAGGACACCAUCUACUUUAGUUAAAAUCAUGACGGACAAAUAGCUUGCUGUUGAAGUUACCCGUCUCCUCCAUACAACAGUACAAGUUGUUAUUAAUACACCAUUUAAGAACAGUGGACACUGUCAAAUCUGUAAGAGCUGACCAUCGUUAAAAUACAAGCAAGCUAGCAAUAUAUAUAAUUUAAAUCUUUUGACUUUAAGAUGUGCAGCUUAUUAAAAUAUAUUUCUGGUUUAUUUCAACCUGGAAUAAGUGUCCCCAGAUGGCAAACUCUAAUGCAGUUACGUCUGUUCCAGGCAGCUAAGGUUCCAUUAGUCGCCGCUAUCAUUUACACCAUUCACAGCUGUGUUGUGUACCACCUCUUUGCCCUGAAUCUCCACAAGGCGAAGAGUGCAGUUAGUAUGACCCCUAAACAACAUUAAUGGUAAAUAAACUGGAAUUAUCCUUCAAGUCAUUAGUGGAAAAGAGUACACACACCACUAUCUUGUAUCAUUCUCUUCCACUUUGUCAUGACUGUAUUUUUGUAUCUAUGAAACACACUACUGAUGACCAGACUCUGACCUGCCUAACAGAAAUUAGCCUGAGAAUGUUUUAGGUUUGGGCUGCUGAAAGAUAUAGAGAUAGUGAAAUCCUUUAAAGAAGCAGGAGCUACUAAAACUGCUAUGAACUACAUUCUGUCCUGUAAUUACUAUCCUCGACUCUUUGGGAACAUUUUUACAUGAAAACAUAAGAGAUUUUGUACAUACUCUAACAACAAUUGCUGUUUUUGUUACCUUAACAAAGUUGUCUUCCAAAAAAUACCAUGUACAAUUCACUAAAUAUUUUAUCAUCAAGUGCUUUGUCCUCUGUCUGAUCUUGAUUGUUUUUCUGUGUCUAAAUAACUGGCUCUUAAAUAUUUCCUGCUUGUAAACACUGUCAGAAGUAGGGCAAAGUCUCACUCAGAACAUGACCUGUGUUGUACUAUACCCACCAGUGCCUUUGAUACUGUCAUGAGUGAAAAUUGUGAUUUUUGUUUUUUAUAUAUAUGUAAAAAGCUGAAGACUGAACUAUGUAAUAAAACAUAUGUUGAAUAACU